AUGCAUUUCAUGAUAUAUCCAGUUGGUCUCACCAUUACUUUGGCUUUCUAUCCAGUAUUUCUCGCCGUCAAGCUGACUUCCCACUUCUACAACACCCGAGCUAAGGAAAAGAUAGCUAUGGAAAGGAUUGAGCAAAACCAGACUACCGUGCAAGAGAAGAUGGCUCAAGUGAGAACCCAACUCGGGAAACUCAUGGACAUCAUGCAGAAUGUCAUUCACCGACAAGAAGAGAAUUGCCAGGCUAACCCAAGAGCCAAUGUCAAUGUGAACGCUACCAAUCCCAUCAUGGGGAAUGGGGUUUUGAUUGUCACUCAGGCCCAUGCUGAAGGGAUUCCUACCAAUCUGAAUGCUACUCACACUUACCAUGUCCCUAUCCAUAGGGGUUCUCAAGCUGGUACAAAGGACCACAAUGGAGACUUUUUCAUGCCCAGGAAUGAAUCGGUGUACGAGACUUUCAGACCACCACAUACCGAACUCGAAAGGAAACUAAAAAUGAUGGACGAAAGAGUCCGAGCCAUUGAAGGUCAUACCACCUUCAGGCUGGAAGAUGCUAACAUGUGCUUAGUCCCAGGGGUCAAGAUCCCAGCUAUGUUCAAAGUACCUACCUUCGAGAAAUAUCAAGGGAUUACUUGUCCCAAGACCCAUAUCAAGUCCUACUGUAGAAAAAUGGCGGCUUAUUCAGGCGAUGAAAAGCUACUGAUACAUUUCUUCAAAGAAAGUCUUAGCGGAGCAUCCCUGCAAUGGUACAUGCAGCUUGAACGCUCACAUGUGCGUUCUUGGAGAGAGUUAGAUGAAGCUUUCUUAAAGAACUAUCAGUAUAACACUGAUAUGGCACCAAAUAGGACACAACUUCAGAGUUUGACUCAUAAAUCUAAAUAA